AUGGUGAAGAAGAAGCAGAACCCAUACCACAUUAAUUACAAGGAAGGCAUUGUUGAAAACUGCUUGCUUCAAAUAAGGAAUACGGGCUGCUGUGAUGAUCCCAGAGUAAAAAACGUUUGGACGGUGGAUAUACGAGCAAGAGAUAGUCAGCAGUUCAUCGAAUUUAUACGCCUAAACAUUCAAAGUAAUGAUCCAGUAUCCUUUCAGCACAUCAAAAGGAUAAAAAAGGGCGAAGAAAGCGGGGUUCUGACUGUAAUAGUCUGCUCGAAACUGCUGAUAGAGGAGCAAGACGAUUUCUUACUUCUAAUGAAAGAUGCACCAUUCGAGUAUUAUAAUGCUAACGACCAUUCCGCUGUGCCAACCGCUGCACCUUCCACUAAAGAGCUAAGUUUGAAAUGGUCGGCUCUAUAUUGGCCACUUGUAUGGCGUGGCAACCCCAAUGAUCAAAUCAUGAAUGAUUACGUUUUUGAUAUGGCAUUCAUCAGAAAUACACUGACCACUCUGAGUAAAGUGUCUCUUGACCAAGCGGAAAAGAACGCAUCAGACCCUCCUGUCGUAUCCGCAUUUGUGAGCCCAAACGGCAGAAGAGUUAUAUACAGCACGGAUUCGCGAUGUAGUACUUCUCCUCUUGACCACAGCAUUAUGCAGGGAAUCCGGUCUGUUGCAGCUUCAGAACAUGAACGGCAAGCAAAAAAUUGUGAUCAAGCCGAGGAAACCUAUCUUUGUUUGAAUUUUGAUGUUUACACGACACACGAGCCCUGCUCGAUGUGUUCCAUGGCCCUUAUACACUCUCGGAUAAAACGUUGCAUAUUCUUGCAACCGAUGCGGAACACUGGUGCAUUAGAAAGCCAAAGUGGCGACAAAUACUGUAUGCACAAUAACCACGCUCUCAAUUCGAAGUACGAAGUAUUUCGCUGGUUAGGAUCAGAAUAUCCGGUGCCUGAAGUAAAUAGUGACAUCUGUUGUUAA